GGUGACUAUAUAAAACACCAUCUGCUCACCACGCUCUUCCACUUUCUUACACCUCAACACCAUCCACCAGGACUUGCGCACCAGCUCACCCAACUUUUCACCUCACCUUGAACCCAACGAAAUCACUACCGACUCCAGUCUUAACAUCACAACCAUGGUCCGCGUAAAGAUUUCAACCAAACCGCCUCCGCACUGGAAGGUGCACUCGCCGGCCGCGAGGAAGCGUCAACAGACCAAGAAGGGUCAACAGUCCAAGGUCGACAACGACGUCCGAGAUGACGAGAGCUGGCUUCUUCUCCCCGAGCCUGCAGCAGACGCCAUGAAUCUAGAGGUUGACAAGCCGACAAAAGUUGUCAUUCCCACUUCUCUUCCUGCCUCACGCUUGCACGCAGCCAUGGAGAUGAUUCCAGUUGAGGACAUUGUUGGCCGAAUGUACCAUCUCGGCUGUCCCCCUAGCAACAAAGAGCUGGUGGCCGAUGCGACUGUCUUCGUUGAGGAAGCUGCCAAACUCGAGGCCACAGGGGAAAUCAAGGAGGCAGCGAUCACCAUCCUGGAAGACUUGGCGUUCACGAUCAAUGACCGUGGCACUGGAGCUUAUCCAGUGGGCCAACAAUACGAAUUCCUGAAGAAGCAGGUCACCUUCCUCGGCGCCAUUAUUCAGCUCAUUGAGCGCCCUCCAAAACCAGUUACCGUUGAGCCCGCUACCGCGAAGCCCGUCCCAAAGCGUGUGUCCCAAUUGCGACCCGACAUUCCAAAGACCGAUCGCGUCCUCCGGUCAAGAGCCGCGAAGUAG